AUGGAAACGAUAGAGGAUACCUUAGAACUGUAUGCCACAAGCUGUGAGGAUGAAGGUUGGGUACGUAGAGGACGCGAGGAACACGGACCAAUAUAUAAAGAUCAUUACGUUGGGGAUGUAAUGAAAUGCAGACUGAUGGUUGGAGCAUUAUAUUUUGUAAAUGAGUGGAGCAAUCAUAAGAAGAAUGAUAAGGAGACAUCGGAGAACGAUACGGCCAUGAAGGCUAUUAUGAGGUGCCUCGUGGCCAAUGUUUUUGCGUAUAUAUUGGCUGAAAUAAAGUGUCAAUUUGAAUGGACUGGAAUAGACCAGGCCUGGUACAUUAUGCAAGGCAUGGGAGGAACGGGUGGCUUCGUGAAUCCAAUUUCAAGUGGCACAUGUGCGCUGGAUGCGUAUAAGGAUACUACCAUAGGCACAGGGAACUUACAGGAAGCGGUAAAAAAAUGGUUACAGCAAAGUACAAAGAUACGUGAUAGUAUACAAGCAAUAGAGCACAACCCGCAAUGCAACAAAAAAUGGGCAGCAUACAAGAAAGACAUGGAACAGAGCGGAAACGAUGCAUUAGCACGAACCACAGGCACAGUGGGUCAAGGGGCAGGUGUCAUCGGUAGUGGUGGCAUUGCGAAUGAAAUAGUGAACGUGGUAAAGGAAGUAUUCGAAGAGAUGAAGGACGACGUAAUACAAAACUCCAAGUCACCGCCAAAGCCAGAAGUAGUUUCUACGGGCAGUGACAACAAAGAGAACGGUAAACAGCAGGAUAAAAAAGAGAAGAAGCAGAGAAAAAGAGGAAUUCUACAAAACAGGAGAACGAAUACGACAAGGGGCAAAAGAAAGAAAAGAAAAAAAAAAAACAAAAAUGUGCAACGAAGGAAGCAGAACAUGUCCAGUUCUGCAUCCGUCCAAGAAUGCCCAAAGCACAUACUGACACUUCUAAUUCUUAUUUCUUCCUUUAUUGCAGCGCAGGAUGACCAAAACGGGGAGGCCGCCACGACGACUACUGUGCCGGCUGCAACAACAGGAUCGACAGCAAAGGACAAGGACAAGAAGAAAGAAGCUCCGCCGGCUAAAGUUCCUGUGGCACCACCGAAGAAACCCGCCCACCAACCUAUUUCGCCGGGUGCGAAGGCCACCGACAAACCCGGCGGAGGAGCCGCGCCCGCCCAUGCCAACCCAGACACGAAGGCCCAACCAGUAGCGGCUAAACCGGUGGUAACGACGACGACAUCGUGUAAUGGUGGUGGUGGUGCAGGAGUGAAGCAACGAGUGGACACUGCCAAACCCGGGGAAUGUCAAGGGGAGAGGUUAUCCCAGUGGAGGCCUCGCACAGUGCACGUGAUACCCAACUAUAGAAAACGCGAACUGGAAAAAUUAAGGGAUGUUUUUGAUUAUUUUAAGCAAUAUAUGCAUGCAAACAAAGACCACAAUGAAGCAUAUGGUGUAAACUGCUAUAAUACGCGUUGGGAUGACAUAACGAAACCUGGGGUUCAUUUCGAGGAUCAAACAGUAGCAGAUGUCGUAAGGUGCAGAGUUAUGACUCUUGCACUGGGCUGGGUAAAUGGCUGGAACAACAGUAAACAGGACAAACAUAAACAGCACAAGAACCAGACAGAGAAGGAAAUGGAAGAGAGGCUACGGUGUGAAGUAGCAAAUAUAUUUGGACAUCUACUGCGAGCAAACUAUUGUCCGAACCAGGAACUGUGGAGAAGAGGUGUAGAGUAUUCCCGGAUAGCAUUCAGGAAUAUGCAUGGCAAGGGAAAAGAUGGAAUUGGAGGAAUCGGGGGUCCAGUGGUGGACGGCAGGUGUACUGCGUGUGGGUAUGGACAUAAUAAACAGCAUGUAGACGCAGUAAAUCUGGAGAUAGUGAACUGGUUAUUGCAGCAAGGGAAAGUCUUGGAUGGAAUAGAGACAAUAGAAGAGAAGCGGUUCUGUAACACGAAGUGGGCAGUUUAUACAAAAGACAACAUGAAGGAGUAUGAUACGACACGGGUGGACGAAGAGAAAAUCAAUGAUAUAAAAGAAGUGGAGAAGAACGUAGUGGACGCAGCAACAAAGGCAAUUGAGAAAGCGAAGGACGCAGUAGGAAAGAAAAUAACAGAACUGAACGAAGGUAAGCACUGGAAUAUACGACCGACUGUACACCGUACGAAUACUAGGGAUGCCGCCGCCAACAACAACAUGCACACAGGAGCAACAGACGGCCACAAACACGCACACGGCGACAACAGCACAACAGCGGUGCUCAACAGCGCUUCUCUUGAGUGCCCCACUUCGGUUGAGCGAUGA